AAAUAUAAAGCAUUUAUUAAUGAUUGGAAAACUGAUAAUAAAAAGGAAAGCCAAAAAUAUAGUGAUGAUAAAUCAAAACAAAAAUACACUAGCCAUCCUGUGGCAAUUUCUAAGGAUGCACGAGAAUAUUUAAACGAAACCUUAACAAAAAUGUGUAAAAGUAACAGUAGUGGUUGCAAUUGUAUGAAUGAAAAGUCGUCACAAAACACGUCACAAAAUAGUGGUGACAUGCCAAAAUCGUUGGAGGAAGAACCAGAUAUAGUUAAGGGGAAGUGUGAUUGUGCGAAUAAAGUGGGACCACAAAUACCGGUACCUGGUCAAACCAGCACACAAAUCCACUCACAGGGACAAGACCAGAACCAACCGGCAGCAGCACAAAAUAAUCAACAUACUGGUGGUAGUGCUCUUCAACCUGGUCAAAAAGUUGACCCAUCUAGUGCUUCUCAAACUGAUCCUAGUGCUCCUCGUCAUGAAGGUCCUAGUGGUACUUCUCCUGGUAGUUCUUCGACAUCACCUACAACAACAAAAGAACCUCAAAAAAAUAU